GGCGCGAGGGAGGGAGAGGAAAGGCCGCGGCGCAGCCAGCACGAGCGAACGGUUUCCGGCCCCCCCCGCCUGCCCCGCGCGCGUGCGUGUGUGCCCGCGCGGCCCCCUCUUCUUUUUCUCUUCCCGCGCCCCGCCAUCCGCCUGAGGCGAGAAGGCCCCGCCGGGGAUUGUGAGAGAAGGAAGGGCGUCGAGUUCCCGCGACCCUUCGCCAAGGCCGCGCCGCCGCCGGGACCGGAGAGGAGGAAGAGGAGGAGGAAGGAAGGAGGAGGAGGAGGAGAGAGGCCGCCUCAGCGAGUGGAAAGAUGCAGGGCAGCAAGGGCUUCGCGAUGGACAAGCAGAACCACACUCCCAGGAAGCAGCAGCAGCAGCACCAUCAGCAGCAACAACUUUAUCAACAACACCAACAGCAGCAGCAGCAGCAGGCCAGCCCAGCCAACGGUCAGCAGGCCAACAGCCAAAAGCGAUUCUGUACCUUAUUCCCCUCAGAUGAAGGCUUGACGAUUGACCUGAAGAAUUUCCGAAAACCUGGUGAAAAGACCUUCACCCAGAGGAGUCGCCUCUUUGUGGGGAACCUGCCCCCUGACAUCACAGAAGAGGAGAUGAGGAAACUGUUUGAAAAAUAUGGGAAGGCUGGUGAAGUUUUCAUUCACAAGGACAAAGGAUUUGGCUUUAUCAGGCUGGAAACUCGGACUCUGGCAGAGAUUGCCAAGGUGGAGCUGGACAACAUGCCCCUGCGCGGAAAGCAGCUGAGAGUGCGCUUUGCCUGCCACAGUGCCUCCCUCACAGUCAGGAACCUGCCACAGUUUGUGUCCAAUGAGCUCCUGGAGGAGGCCUUUUCGAUGUUUGGCCAGGUGGAGAGGGCUGUGGUCAUCGUGGAUGACCGAGGCAGGCCCUCCGGGAAAGGUAUUGUGGAAUUUUCCGGCAAGCCGGCAGCCAGGAAAGCCCUUGACCGAUGCAGCGAGGGAUCGUUCUUGCUAACUACGUUCCCUCGGCCUGUGACGGUGGAGCCCAUGGAUCAGUAUGAUGAUGAGGAGGGGCUGCCUGAAAAACUGGUAAUCAAAAACCAGCAAUAUCACAAGGAGCGUGAGCAGCCUCCCCGUUUUGCACAGCCUGGUUCCUUUGAAUACGAGUAUGCCAUGCGCUGGAAGGCUCUGAUCGAGAUGGAGAAGCAGCAGCAGGAGCAGGUGGACCGCAACAUCAAAGAGGCGCGGGAGAAGCUGGAGAUGGAGAUGGAGGCAGCUCGUCACGAGCAUCAAGUGAUGCUGAUGCGUCAGGACUUGAUGAGACGCCAGGAAGAACUGAGGAGAAUGGAGGAACUGCAUAACCAGGAGGUGCAGAAGCGCAAGCAGCUGGAACUCAGACAAGAGGAGGAGCGCAGGCGCCGUGAAGAAGAAAUGAGGAGGCAGCAGGAGGAGAUGAUGAGGCGCCAGGAAGGAUUUAAAGGGGCCUUUCCUGAUGCGCGGGAGCCUCCAGAUAUGCGCAUGGGACAAAUGAGCAUGGGAGGGGCCAUAGGCAUGAACAAUAGAGCAAGCAUGGGAACUACCGCUGUUCCAGCUGGUCCUCCCCCGGCCGCUGGCCCAGGGCCAAUGAUUCCUGAUGGAGCCAUGGGAAUGACACCACCGCCACCCGCGGAUCGCUUUGGCCAGACGACUGCAAUGGAAGGACUUGCCACCAUGGGCGGAAGCGCACCCACCUUCAACCGAGGAGCUCCUGGGGGGGAUUUUGGCCCUAACAAGCGUCGCAGAUACUAAACGGGGGGGGAGGGGGGGCCUGUCCUGUUCCCUGGCCGUGACCUCGAGAGACCUGCCGUUCAUUCCUGGGCUCCAGAGGUCUUGGUCCUGGCAAUGGGUCCCCAACCGGAGUCACCAAGAGUGUAGAUGAACCUCCCCCCACAAGGUGCAUUCCUGCAAAGCGCAAUGUGAAAACAGAUCCCAGAAGGCUUCAGUAGCUGUGUAGUGUGUGUGUGUGAGGCCAGGUUAGGACCUGCCGUCUCUCCCGUUCCCAGGCACCUCAGGAUGGGUUCAAACCCCCCCAGCUGCUGAUUCCGCCCCCCACCCACCCUCCAGAGGAUCGGGGUGGGGCCUGUGGGUCUUUAUAUGUCAGUAGCUUCAAACGGCUUAUGUAGGGGGAAGGGAGGGGGGAUAGGUUUUUAAAAAGUGUAGCUUUUUACUUUUCUCAUCUGGACCAUUUUUUUAUUUGCUGGAAGGCUGGGUAGUGGUGGUGCUGGUGAUUUGGGGAAGAAGUACUCAAUGUGUUGUACCAUUCUUUAUUUUUUACUGGUAGAAAAAAAAGUACAAUCUAUUGGACAGAAGAAAACAAACAACUGUUUCCUGUUGGGGGACCGAGUUGAAUCCCUUGUUUGUAUAACCCUAACUUUGCCUGUCUUGUGUAGAAGUAUGAGACUUUUCUUUAUGUGUGAAUCCGAGCUGUAAUCCUCCACUAACAGGUUGAGUUUGUCUGAAGAUUGUUACAGGAAUGCAUUAUUAAAAGGGAUUUUAAGCCUUUUUCAUCUGG